AUGAGUAAACUUACGGUGUUUCACCUUGUUCUAGUGGUAGGUUUAGUUGGUGUACUGCUGCAGUUGGCAUCGGCGGAAAAGCUUCAACUCGUUUACCAAUGGGCACAGCUAAGCUCCAGCAGCAAGAGUGAUCCCUCACAAAAUGUACUGUUUUCGGCCGAUACUGUCGCGUCCGGUGAGGAUAAAUACAAUACGUACGGAAACCUGCCGAUGGGAGUGACACACCACAAAGGCUUCCUGUACGUAACGAUACCCCGACGGCGGCCCGGCAUACCGGCCACCUUGAACGUUAUCGACAUGGCACGCAAUCCCUCCGUGAAAGAUCCUACGCUGGAUCCGUAUCCGAAUCUGUUGGUCAACACACUGCGGAACGAUUUUACUGCCGAUCCGAAGCGCAUCAUCUCGGUCUAUCGGACACAGGUCGAUCGUUGCGAUCGUCUCUGGUUCGUCGAUACCGGUUACCUUGAGUAUCCGGGUGGUGCCGGUCGUCAGGUACAGCGGCCCGCGCUGUGGGUUAUCGAUUUGACCAUUAACCGCAGUGUGCGACGGUACGAAAUACCGCCGGAAAUGGUUGAAUUUGGAUACGGCAUUCCUAACAUCGAGGUGGACGUUGAUGAGGAGGACUGUGGCCGCGCAUACGCGUACAUUCCCGAUUACGAGUGGCGUCGGCUGUACGUGUACGGGUUGAAUGAAAGCCGGAUGUGGCGUUUCGAGCAUAAUUACUUUUCCUUCGAACCCCGGUACGGUGAUUUUAAUAUCGCCGGGCAACAGUUCACCUGGUACGAUGGUAUCUUCUCCGUGGCUGUCGGUGGACGGUUGGCCAACAGUACUACCGAACGUACCGUGUACUUGCAUGCGAUGGCUUCGGUUAGCGAAAUCGCUGUAUCGAAUCGCGUGCUGCAGAAUGAAACGCUGGCAAAGCUUGGUAACGGUGCAUAUGGAAGAGCUUUUCACCAUCUCGGUGCCCGGGGUCCGAACACGCAAAGUUCCAGCCAUGCGUACGACCGCAAAACGGGGACACUUUUCUAUGCGGAAAUAAACCGUAAUUCGAUCGGUUGCUGGAACACACAUCGGCAAUUUACGCCGGAAAACCAUGGCAUCGUGCAUCUGGACAAUGAAGAGAUGAUUUAUCCUGCAGAUCUACGGAUUGAUAACAACGGUGAUCUGUGGGUCAUUUCCAAUCGGCUUCCUAUCUGGAUCUACUCCGAGCUGAACCGGACCGAUGUGAACUACCGAAUUUGGCGCCAGACAGCGUCUCGUGCUGUUGCUGGAACAAUCUGUGCAUAA